GUGGAAUAUGGCGGCGCUCAAUUUGUUGCAGAGUUCAUGGAGUUAAACGAGCAGACGAUAGGAAAUUGUUUUUAACAGUUGAGCAGAAUGAGUACUACUUACAUCCUUGAACCACCGACUAAUGGAAAGGUGUUACUCAGGACAACAUGCGGUGACAUCGAUAUCGAGUUAUGGUCCAAAGAAGCCCCCAAAGCCUGUCGUAAUUUCGUCCAGCUUUGUCUGGAGGGGUACUACGAUGGCACCAUCUUCCACAGGAUCAUCAAGGACUUCAUGGGCCAAGGGGGUGACCCAACAGGGACUGGUGAGGGCGGGGAGUCGGUGUAUGGUCACCCCUUUAAGGAUGAAUUUCACUCUCGGCUUAAGUUUUCCCGGCGUGGCCUGGUUGCCAUGGCCAACGCUGGACCCAACGACAACGGAAGCCAGUUUUUCUUCACCUUCGACCGCUGUGAGCAUCUCAACAACAAGCACACCAUAUUCGGCAAGGUUGUUGGCAACACAAUGUAUAACAUGGUCAAGCUGGCGGAGGUAGAGGUAGAUGAUGAUGACAGGCCGGUGUAUCCACCCAAAAUCAAGUCAACGGAGGUUUUAGCCAAUCCCUUUGAUGACAUCGUCCCCCGGCAGCUGAAGAAGGAGAAAGACAAGGAAGGGAAGAAGAAAAGUAAAUCCAAGGCCACAAAGAAUUUCAGCUUGUUGUCAUUUGGUGAAGAGGCAGAAGAAGAUGAGGAAGAAGUGAACGAAGCGAGCUUGAAGAUGAAACAGAAACACAAGAGCAAGAGUGCUCAUGAUCUUGGCAACGAUCCCAAUCUUAGCUCAGUUGCUGCUGUCGACGUAGAGAAACCCAAGCAUGCAUUAUCAGAAGACAUCGUCGGAGAUGAAGAUGAAGAAGAAGAAGAAAAGAAGCGAAUAUACGAUGAGGAGAUGAAGGAGUCCAUACGCAAGAAACUUAAAAGGACGCCAGAUAAGCCGAUUCAGAAAGUGGAAGAAGAAAUGGACAGCAGGGAGUCAAGGAGGAGCGAGCUGCGCAAGGAAUCGGAGCAACUGAAGAGAGAGCUGAGGGAAUCGAGGAGGAAAGAGAAUGAUACCAGGAGUAGAGAUGAAGACAAGAGGAAACAAGAACAGAGUGAUGAAGAAGAAGACGAUAUUACGCCCAAAGAAGCAGCUAGUGCAAGUCCACCAACCAACGACAUGAUAUCCGAGUUUCGUCAACAGAAGAAGAGAUUCAGAAGGAUGAAGAAGGACCAGGCAAUGGGUGGCAAUAGAGAAGAUCAGACUCUAGCGAUUCUUGCCAAGUUCCAAAACCGUCUCCAUCAGGUCAAUGAAGAGGAAGAAGAAAAGAAAGAAGAAACUAGAGCUGAUGAGGAGAUUCAAGACGAUGAAGAAGAGGAAGAGAUCAUGGGGACAGGAUGGAUGUCACACGUUCUGAAGUGCGAGAUAAGCGCAAGUCAAGUGAAAGAUGCGAACAUCAAGGAUGCCGACACUUACAGCAUCUUCGACCCAAGGAACCCCAUCAACAAGAGAAGACGAGAAGAAAGCAAGAAGAAAGCCAAGGAGAGAAAAUGAAAUUCAGUAACUGAGCCUUCCUGUAAUGAAAUAAGUGAAUUACAAAAUAAUAUUAAUAAUUAUAAUCACUGGUAUUUAUAAAGCGCCUUUGCUAGAAGAUACAAAGCGUUAAUUAUUAACCCUGUUUAUCGGGCCAUGAGACUAGUUUUCUGCAGAAACUCGAGAUCAGCACAAUCUGGUCUCUACCUUCACAGGUACCAGUUUAUACCCCUGGAGAGAGGCAAUUGUGGUAAAGUGUCUUGCCCAAGAACACAAGCACCAUGUUUCUCAUCACAUGGGUCAAACGCUAUAAAUAUUGGAUCACAGUGCUCCACCGAACAAGUGUCAAUAAGUUCAAGUAUUCACCUAAAAUGAAUUUAUAAUAUGUAUUAAAUCUAAAUGCAGCUUGAAAGUAGCAAUUUAUUAAGUAAUAUUUUCAACAAAACAGUUAUGGCUUGUUGCAUGUAAUCUGAGCUUAAUCAUUAUUAUAUCUACCUGGUAUCCCAACAAAGAAAAAAAUGGUAUUUAGUGACUGUGGAGCAACUGAAGGGCCUUGCACACUGUCUAUAAUGCACACUGGACACUGGUCCAACACGGAGAUAUCGGGAACCCCUUUCAUUCUAGCAAAAAUCCAAUGCAGCUUCUACACUGGUCCAGCUAGCGCUCUACACAAAAUCCAACCCUGGUUGGGACGAUGGUCUAGAAGCUCCACCUGGGUAGAAAAUCUUAAAUAUGUGGAGUGCCAAAGCCUAGUGAUAUAGGGCAUUGAAUUCGUGGUCUGCGGUAUUUCUGCAGGUUGUUGGUUUGAGCCCAGCCUGGGCAAUGACACUUUAUGCCUAAUAUGGAUAGAGGCCAACCCUAUUCAUACUGUGAAGAGAUUAGAUUAUCUUGUCUUGUUUUAGUGUGAGGGGCUGGUUCUUCCACAUUUUCCUCUGUAGCCGAGUGGCCUUUGGCCUUGUGAUGGGCGAUUUGCAU